AUUCUUCGGAUGGGUGCUGUAGAAUUGGGUUGCGUCAAUGUCCUGAAUUGCCUCAGCAGCUGGCACAGGCCUAUCAAACACCUUGUUCAUUAGAUAGUGAGUGACCAACUCCUUAUCUGUUGGCAUAAACCUAAAUCCCACUGGCAGCUGGCCUGAGCUCAUCAUUGCUUCUUGUCCAUGUUCUGCUUCCAUGUAUAUAUAUCGUGGACCGUUUGAUCAUCACUUGGAAGAAAUGAUCAAGAAAAUGGCUGGCAAAACAACUCAAGUAAAUCAAGGCUGAAUUAACUUAUAUAUAUGUAUAGGUGGUAAUUGAAUCCUAGUAGGACUCUUUUUGAUUACAAAGACAGAACCCAAUUCACCUUUUUUCUCUUUUUGUUGUUUAUCGUUCUUGUGUAUGUGUGUAUACUUGGAAGAUGUUGAGCUUAGAGUGGUGUUUAGUUUUUGACUCUGUUUUGCCAAUGCGAUAUAUGUUGAAAAAAAAUAUGGAUGCAAUAAAAAUUAAAAAAUGGAUGCGAUGGUGUCCAGUAUGUGAUUACAGUUUGCAGUUUGGCAAUUUGAUUUCAGUGCAGAAAAAAGCCAGCUACUACAUGACCCAGAAAAUAUUAGAACACCAUACUACUUUGCAUUUGUCAAACUCAAGCUAAAGUCCCAGAGUCUGGUUGCCAAAUCUGCAUCUUUUGCCUGAGAGCUCGGUUUGGCGAUGUUACAGUCCAUAAAGUAUUCACCCCCUACUCCCUUAAGCUGUGGAUGGAGUGCCACAAAGAUAUCGGACUUACCUUGAGUUUUAGUGUAGAUUGAGUUGUCUCCUCAUGGAAGACAGAUUAGCGUACUCCAGCACAGAACAGGAUAUGGUGCUUUUGCAUCAUGAAGUAGAGGUUGAGUUCCCAGAUGGACUUAGAGAGAAGCAUUCACGCACUCAUUCAGGCACUUUACUGGAAUUUGGGCAGACUAAGAAUGGUAAAAUGAUCACCGCCAUGGCUUUCACGGUUGGCAUCCCGGCAGCCAUUGGAGCUCUACUCAUACUUGGAAACAAGGUCAAAACAAGAGGGGUCUUGAGGCCUAUUGAACCAGAAGUAUAUGUCCCAGCCAUGGAUAUAAUACAAGCUUAUGGCAUCAAGGUAAUGGAGAAGAUCGAGUGACCCGAACAAUCCCCCUACCUCUUUCCUGUGUAGAUGCAGCUAUUCACCAGAUAUUUGAUGCGCAGCUACCUCGUUUCGCUUGACUGCAAUGGAGCAUAGAUACUUGAAAGGGAGAGUUUGAUACAAUUAUGCGGCAGGGCUCCAGUGAUUGGUUUGCAAUGCCUUCCCAAGUUUUGUGGAAAAGGUGCUUGCAACUUAGAGGAGCUCCCUAUUCCUACAUUAAUGUCAGCAAAAUAACUUUGUGAACAAUGGAUUUAAACAUAGAAGGAAGCCAAUCUAUGAACAGUCAAAAUAAGAGGAAAAGAGCUACAAGUUCAAGUGAUGAAGAGAAGAUUGUGACUGUAUUGGAGAAAUUGUUUGAAGCAUCUGGGAAAAGGAUGCAAAUGGUGACUGAGGCUAUAAUAAAAGGUAAUGAAGAUCGAUCUGAUAUUGCCAAAGAACUCAAGAGAAUGGGAUUUUCUCCGUUAGAUCAAAUUGCAGCACUAAAGCUCAUUUUGGAGAAGCCACAAAACAUCUCUAUAUUCAUGUCUUUGGAUGAUGAUAUCAAGAAAGUGUUUGUUGAGCAGUUGCUUAGUGACAAUGCUUGAGGACAUGGCCUAGCUAAGUUUGAUGCAUCUAUCUUUUUGGAAACACCACAAAUGAUGCAUUGAUAAGAUUGGCUUCAUUUUGGAAACACCACAAAUUGUAUAACAUUUUGCUAGCAUUAAAGCCAUAUGGUUCAUGGUUGUGGGGUUUAUUAGUUUCAUUUUGAAAUUGUGGAUGUUUAUUUGUAUGUAUUAAUGGUAGAAUUGUGUGUAGCGAACUAAACCUCUAAUUUCUGAGUCAUGUAGAUGACUUUGGCAUAUAUGAAAAUUUCUAACUUUUGCACA